CGUGUAGUCAUGUCAAAGCCAAACUACAUUGUCAGUCUAGUCGCUAGUCGCUAGUGUCAGAUACACACACAUUUAUGUAUUUAUUUAGUUAGACAGUGUAAUUGGAACUGCUUAUAUUGUAUUUAGUUUCAUUUCUUUGAAUUUGGGCUUGCAAAUUAUUUAUUCUGUAAUCUUUACUAAAUGAAUUAUUGGAAUUCAAUAGAUUUAGUAGUAACUAUUAUUGUAAGGUCACUUUAUUACGCUUCAAUGAAAAUCAACAAGCAUGCUGAGGCAAAUGUUGAUGUGAAAAAUAAAUUAUCAUAUUUUUAAUUCAAUUCAGAAGAACGUGUAAAGAACGUCUACUGAUUGUUAAUUGCGUAUAAAACUUACAAUGUCAACUAACAAUUUGGUUGACGCUCUGAGUGAGAGGAUUAAAUUCGACUUAGAUAAACUACAAAGUAAUGAGUUGGAGAAAAUUGAACUUGAUUCUUUUAAUCUCUCAUACUUUUGGAGUCAGUUUGGAGCAGCUGUGCAGGGACUAUCAAAUGAGGUGACAAAAAUCGGGUUUGCUUGUGGUCAGCAGCCCUAUCCUGCAAGUGGUAACUUGGCAGCCAUGCUGCAGGACCUGGUUCAGUCCUACACAGUGAUGAGAGACCUGUACCUUGUACUCCCAGAAGAAGUGGGGGCAACAGUCUACCAGGCCGUCACAUCGGUCAUGAUCGAUAUUGUUGCUGCACUCCUUGCUGUUGUGCGCUCACUUUCUGAUCUCUCUGAGAAAGGGGCUAAGGAGCGACUGACAUUGACUGGAACAUUCUGGGAGGCAUGUGCUGCUGUAGAGACAUUGCCACGGAACAACUUGCUGGCCACACUAGGAGUGAUAGAUGGAGAGCUAGGCCUGGCAGUAGAUGCACAAGAGGAGCUAACCACGGUGAAUACCUCAGACCAUGCACUGGCAAUCGAAACACUCUCUAAUGAAAAAUCUAUAAACACUGAAGUAGAACUGAGAAAUUUAGAAGAGACUCAGUUAAAUAAAGCAAACAAUACUCUUUUAAAUUCUAGUAUUUCACCCAAAAAUAAAUUUGUAGAAUGUGGAUGGACAAAAAAAUACCUUUUAGAGUCAACCAAAUCCCUUUAUGCUAGUGAGUCUUUGGAGGACAGAAAUAGGACUGAUAAAGAAGGGGAGGUUAAAACUGCAAUUGAAGAUUCUCUGCGCUGUUCUGAAGAGAACAAAAAUGAUAAUUCUGGACUUUCAACAUCUCACAGUGAUGAAGAUACUUCAGCUACUUCAGAUAGAACAUGUAAUAUAUUGGAUUCACAUUUAGUUGAAGCACCUUGUAAUGUAUAUUCUUCUUGUGAAAGCAAUUGCAGUGCUUUUGAAAAGUGGGUUACCAAUCAGGUUGCUUUAAAUAAACCCAUUGACUCAUCAGUUUUACAAUCUGAAAUUGAUGAAAUUUGUAUUGUUAUUCAGCAGUUGGAAAACCAAUCUGUUAAUGUAAUAUUCAAAGACAUGACAGAUACUCAAAAAUCAGAUAAAUAUGCUGAUUUGAAACAGAAACUUUCAGAACUGCUAAGCAUAAAGAAGGUUUUGGACUCUGAACCUGAUAUACUUAAUCAAAUUCUCUCUGAUAAAAAUUGUACAUUCAAUAUCAACGAGUCAACAAAAAAUGAAGACAAGUUACCGUCAAGAAAUGUAAGUGAAAUUAAAAGGGAAAAUUUAAAAGUGACGCCUAAACAAAGUGUAUUCAGUGGCCAAAUUAAUAACUGGUCAAAUUUAAAUCGAAACCAAAAUAUUUCCAUUAUUGAUCAUAGUGUAUUUGGUUAUAUAGAUUUUAGAGAAUGGGUGGACAAAAAAAUUAGGCAAAAAGAAUCUCCUAAUAUACAAACACUAGAGGCAGAACUAAUGAAUGCUACUGCAGCCUACCGGAAAUGUAAAAACCACCAUAUUACCCCUGAAAUGAACAUAAAUAAAAAAAGUUACUGGAGGAAAAAAAGAUCAAAAUUGCUUAAACGAUUGAAUAGGUUGCAUAUUAUCAAGAAAAUAUUUUUGUCACAUCAAUAUUGGCAGUUGGAUCAUGCUUCAAGCAGUAUUACAAAUAUUUUUGCACCAUAGAUGCUGACAGAUCAAAGAAGUAUUUCACUCUGUAACAUAAGCAUUUCACAUAAGUACAGUGAUGUUUGGAGGAAGCAUUUGUCAAGAUUACAGACUGAGUAUAAGUACAAAAACUGAACAUUUAUGCACAACAGAAAGAAGUGUUGAAUACUUCUAUAACACUUUGGACUCACGGAAGAGAGUACCCGGUGGGAGGGGAGAGUAUCCAGUGGGAGGGAUCCAGUUGUUUGAGCCAAUUGGGAGCCUCCACAGAAGCAACCGAGAGUUGAGAUAUCCUAAAACUGAGGUCCUCAACAAUUCAAAGGAGGGAAUUCUUUAUAAAAAGUGCACAGUAUAUUACUUGCAAUCACUCAUAAAAUUGUUAUAUGUUUUAAAUUUAUAUAUCAAACUGCUCAAUCCUGCAGUUAAAAAAAAAUAUUGUUCCUAGAAAUCCAGGACUGUUUAAUGAAAACUGGAAGAUUUACAGGAGAGAUGAACAAAACUGUGUGAAUGUUUUGCUGGGAAUGGACAAAUUUACUGUAAGAAUCAUUGAAAGACUUGAUUGUAGUGCUCUAUUUAACUACCUGUAUUUUGUAUAUUAAAUUGUUUUCAAGUGAA